ACUGUUUCCAUACUUUUCACAACGUGUCACUUUAUAUAUCCACGCGUCAACAUUACUGUACUAAAUAUUAAACCUACUAUAGUUAUGAUUACUAUUUAAUCUAAUAUGAUUUAAAUUCUGAUAACGACGUGAAUUUUUUAAUUGUGUAAUUUAUUAUAUAAUAUUUGAAAUAAAUCAUCAAUUAAAUAAACGUAAAACAACACGAUGAAACAAUUCAUAACUUUACUUAUUCUAAUAAUUUGCGGAAUUUCUGAAAUUUUUGGUGAAACUUGUCAAAAACCUGAGGUUAUUGCAUCUGCAUAUAUCACAGAAGAUGCAACAAUCUUAACAAAUGUAGCAUUUACAACACAAUUUGUACUUAAAUGUAGUAAUGGUAUAAAAGGUAUUACAUUAUAUGCAGAAGUUGAUGGGAAGUCAUUACCAGCUGCUAGAUUAAGUUCAGAUAACAAAUAUCAGGUAUCUUGGACAGAAGAUAUAAAAAAAGUACAUUCUGGAGAUUAUAGUAUAAAAUUAUAUGAUGAAGAAAGAUAUGCAGCUAUACGUAAAGCAUUAAGAAAUGGAGAAGAUUCAAAUAAUGUGAAACCUUUAGUUGUUGUAGUACUUAAUAAUCCAGGCAUAUAUCGUGGACCUUGGGUUAACUCUGAACUUCUUGCUGUUCUUUUAGCUGCUUUAGUGUCAUAUUCUGCCUUUUCUUCUAAGUUUAAGCUACUUGCGUAAACUUUUUUUUAUAAACAAUAAAUUUGUUACAUGGAAUUUUAUAUAGAUUAUUAUUAAUAUUACUUAAAUAAAUAAAUUUUGUUUUAAUUA